AUGUCUCCUAUUUUAAACGUCGGGGUUGUUGGUACUGGUAUCUUUGCCAAGGAUAGGCAUUUACCAUCUUUCCAAGAAAUGCCUGAAGAAUUUAAGGUUGUCGCUGCUUUCAAUAGAACUAAGGCAAAGGCUUUAACCUUCGGUAAAUUGGCUGAUAUCCCCGAAUCCAAGGUCUAUGAUACUAUUGAUGAUCUUAUGAGAGAUCCUGAAGUUACUUUUGUUGAUUCUCUAGUUCCAGUUCAAAAUAAUGUUACAAACGUUAAAAAAGCUAUCGAACAUAAAAAACCAAUCUUAUUGGAAAAGCCAAUUGCAGCCACCAUGCAACAAGCGAGAGAAUUAGUAAAUUUAUCUGAAUCUACUGAUUUGCCUAUCGGUAUUGCUGAAAAUUGGUUAUAUUUAAACUGUAUUGAUGUUGCCAAGGAACAUUUAAAGUCAAUUGGUCCAAUCGUUGCUUUUACUCAUAACUCCACAGGUCCAUUUUUCAGUUCGAAUAAAUAUUUAGUCACUUCUUGGAGACAAAACCCAGAACAUAUUGGUGGGUUUUUAUCUGAUGGUGGUGUUCAUCAAUUAGCUUUAGUUACAGCCAUUUUGGGUGAAAUUGAUUCUGUCUCUGCAUUGACUACUCAAGUCCGUGAAGCUUCGGGUACCGAUGAUGUUGUUUUCUCCACUGUUAAAAUGGAUUCAGGUGUUAUUGGUACUUUCUCCUAUGGUUCUGCCUUUGGUUCUACUGAUAAAUCUGUUUUCUUAAAGAUUUACGGUAAAAAUGGUAAUAUUUUGAUCGAUCUAUGCAGCAAAAAGGAAUUGAUCGUUAAAGUCACUGUUGGUUCUGGUGGUGAAGUCUCUCCAAUUAUUACAACUAUAAACUUACCACAAGAUGAUUCCUUUGGUGUCAAUGAUGAAUUCUUAAAUUUCCGUCAAUCCGUUAUUAAGAAAGAUAAGAAAUUAUUUAAAGGUCAACCAAAGGCUGCUUUCCAUCAUUUAGCUUGUGUUGAUGCCUUUUUAAAAUCUUCCGCAAAGAACGGUACCAAUGUUAAAGUUGAAAAAUAUUAG